AUGCGAGACAUCUACAAAUCGUUCGGAAUUACUGUCUCACACAAUUGUGAUGAGGAUGUGGAUAAACGAAAAAAUGCAUACAAGUGCAAUGUUGUCUACGGAGAUAUAACUCGAUUUGAGAGAGAUUACCUUCUGCAUAAUUUCUAUAAAAGAAAUAUCUUAGGUUCACGCGUACGACGUAAUGUAAUUGUAGAUGAAGUGGACAGUAUGCUACUUGAUAACGGUAGCAAUAUGCUUUAUCUCUCACACAAUAUACCCGGUCUUGAGCUUCUCGAGUCAUUGUUCGUGUUCAUUCAUAAGCAUGUGAACAUGCCUACGUUUGCUGGAGGCGAACAAUUCAGUUCACAAGAACUUCGAAAGAAGGUACUUAUGGAUAUGUGUGGAUUAAUAACGAAGAAAGACGUAGGCGGUCUUGUGGACGAUGACAGGAAAAACUCAGAUAUUGGUGUAAUCUGGCGUCUUCUCUUGAAAAACAGCAUCAUUAAUGAGGAUGGUGUUGUGGGUCUCCCAGACGCCGCAGAUAUUAAAAGCCUUGCAAAAGAGCUUAGGAAUGAGUGUGGGACCAAUUUAGCUGGUCGGGUGCUAGCAAUGAUAACCAUCGUGCUGAAUCGCACAAAAGAGAUCACAAUGCCCAGAUAUCUUCGAAAUUUUGCUCUUGCUCAUCUCGACGAGUUCAUCGAUAGCGCGCAAAAGGCCAUGUUCUUAAAACCCAACGACGAAUAUGUAGUCGAUCUCGACCACACUGGAACAAGCGGAGAUCUGCAGCCUCUUGUCACUAUCAUCGAUCGAGGUACUGGUACUGACUUAACAUCAUCUCAGUGGAGCGGAGGACUUCAUCAGUUCCUACAAUUGAAACACGGCUGUCGUCUAUCGCCAUUGAGUUUAAAAGCUGUUUUCGUUUCCAACGUAUCCUACCUAAAAGGUUAUACAAGGUUAAACGGGUUUAGUGGUACACUGGGAUCGAAGGAGGAGAGUAGAAGUCUGAUUACAUUGUAUAAUGCCGAUCUAGUGCGGAUUCCUACAUGGAAAGCAAAGGCGUUCAACGAGAAUGCGCCCGUACUGGCAGCAACGGUUCAAGAGUGGAUUAAGGAAAUUUACAAUGAGACAUGUGAUCAAGUGCUGGCAUUAAGAUCUGUUCUUAUCAUUUGCCGUUCCAUUGCCGACGUCGAAAUUCUACAUGAGGGAUUGUUGCAUUCAUACGAGGCCGAACAAAAGUCAGAAAAAGCAAAUCUUAAGGAGACAUUCGAAAAUAUCACGGUCUACAAAAGAGAGUUUGAUGAAUUCGACUUCUCUACUACCGGU